CAAAAGUCACGUGGGCAGAAAGGCGGAGGCACACAGUUCGCGAUCCGCAGCCGCUGUCCACAGUUCUGAAAACGACGAUCCGGAUCAAGAAGCAGGAUCCAGGAGCAGACCGACAUCAACAAAAGGAAAAUACACAAGCACGCGACGAGGUCUCCGUGCGCGAGAGCAGGCGGUCCAGUAGCUGACGUGAGGAGGACGGGAAGCUGGAUUUCCCAGAAGCUCCCACUCACCUGCAGGUGUUUCUGGUUUUCUCCAGUCUGAACUUCAGGAUUUGAUCCAUGAUGCAAACUUAUCCCAACUCAAGUGUCCUUACGCCCCUGGUCCUCCUCAUGUCAGUGUCCCUCCUCCAUCUGUCCACCUCCAGCUUCAUCAGCAACCUCCAACAUGCUGAUGGCUCUCACAGACAUGCUCUCUCUGAGUCUGAAAACCUGGUCCAGUCAUCAGUCCAGGAGGAGCAGGAGGAGCUCUUCAAAGAUAUUGAUCCCAGAACGUUAGCAGCUGUUCUACUGGAGGCCCUGAAUCACUCACGAGUGGAGAAGGAGAAGGAGGGGAAAGAAGGAGGGUUGAAGGAUGAGAGAGGGGUGGAGGGAGCAGACAGACACAGAGAUGGACGACAGGAGUUAGAGAUGCUGAUUGCCUCCCAGGGAAAGGACUGGGAAAAAGAGGAGGAGGAGGAGAGGAAGAAAGCUCUGGAAGAGGAGGAGAAGAUGACUGAGAAAGUGACCAGCCGGACCACCAGCCAGACAAUUCCAAUCCAAAUGGAGCAGCAGCCAGGAGCUUCUGACGGAGGAGUCGAGGGUGCUCUGCAGAGCAACCCUGAGGAGGAGGAGCAGCUCAGCCCAGAGGAGCUGAAGAGCCUGGAGACCAUGAUGAAGGAGUUUCCCCGUCUGGACACAAAGACAGAGGAAGAACCGCAGCAAAUGCAUCGGGAGAAUCGAGCGUACAGCAGCUACAACGACAUAAUUCCCGUAGGGAAAGGAAGUGACCUUGCCAUGUCCAAGAAAAAACUCAAGUGGCAAGAGGAGACGCAGAAGGCUUUGCUCCUGCCAACCUUCACAGGAAGUAACUCCCUGGAUGAAGGUAAGGACAGGCAGUAUGGCAGCGACGCAGCCCAGCAGGAAGAGGAGGUGGAGGAGGAGGUGCUGAGUCCACAGGAGGAGGAAGCUCGAGCCAGAGUGGAGCAGGAGGAGAUGAUGAGGCAAGCAGCCGAGGCCCAAAGAGCUAAGCUGGAGGAGGAGAAGCUGGCCGACAUGGCAUCCGACAUGCUGCUGCGCUACAUGGUGAAGGAGAACAACAGAAAGUACGGCUCAUCUGUGUCCAAUGCCGCUGAGGACAAGCGGUCCGAGGAGGAGCUGGACCAAAACGAGGAGGAGGACAUUGAUCCUCAGACCAUCGACAAGCUCAUUGAGAUCUCCAACAAACUGCACCUCCCUGCCGAUGAUGUGGUGGACAUUAUCACUGAUGUAGAGAAGAAGAAGAAGAAAGACGUGCCUCCUGAGGUUACCUCAGCUUGGCAGCGUCCUCCAUCUCCUCAGUCUUCGUCUUUUCUACCUGGAUGGCAGGUUGAGACCAGUCAAAACAACCCUCCUGUCUCCAAACAGCCAUCUCCAGCUGCCAAUCUCCUCAAAUCCUGGUUCCAAAAGAAGAAAACACUCAAAUCUGAGGAUUCACAGAGAAAGCUCUCCAAGUUCUGGUCCAAACCUGAGAGGUCUCGGCUCAAGUCCUCCACAUCUCUUUGGGCCAAUUUCCCCUAUAUUUCCCCUCCAUACCAUCAGAGGAGGGUCUUCCCAGACUAUUACCCCAACCAUGUCCGCCGUCUCCCCGGACCCAAAUCCCGUUACUACCACUCCAAACCGGCUCUAACCUUUAACAACUUCCUGGAUAACUCUGUAGACGACACCUACACGCUCCAGCCCAGGUGGUAUUAUCCCAGCUGGAUCCACCCUCAGCUGAGGGAACCUCCUAUGUCCUACUAUCCCCCCAUCACGUACCCCCGACCAUUUCUGAGAGCGCAGCCCCCUCCCCAAACCACUCAGAAGCAGUUUUAUGGCUCUGCUCUGGGAAGAAACAGGGAUUAUUAUGAAUCCAGAAAGCCACUGGACAGCAGCUUGGGUGAGGUAGAGAAAUACAUCCAGCAGAUCCUAAAGAAGAGACCACAGAGGAUGAACUGAAACAGGACCAGAGACUGAAAUGGAAAAGAAGACAGGAACUCUUUCCUUUAUUUUUGGUUUAAAAUACCUAUGAAGUUUCAUUGCCCUGUUUUGAUUGGUUGUUUACAAACAGCUGUUUCCCAAGGUGUUGCUUUGAUAAAAAGCUCGGACUGAAUGGAUUUAACUCCUGAGUGACAUUAAAGCAUCCGAUUACACUGACUGUCUGUAGUUACAGAAGGAAGGUCUGUGGGAUUAUCUAAUGGAAAUUGAAAUUAUGAACCACAUGUGACCAUUCAACAUUUCAGCUAGAUGGAAGUGAUGAAGAGGAAUUAGGAUCCUUCUGAUUCCCAGACUGGGAAGAUCUUUUUCUUCAUGGAGCUCAUCUGGUGAUUUGAUUGGCUGAGUUUAUGGUGCAGUUAGAGACCUGAAGCAAGAAUACUGAGCUCCAGCAAUUCAUUUCAGAUCAAUUCAGUUAAAUAUUUUCAUUUAAUUCAUUCAUGCAUUUUCUAUACCGCUUAGGCACAUAUUUAUUUAUUUAUU